UAUAUGGACAAGCUAGAUCGCGGCCACCCCGCUGUAAGAAAAUUGCAUGUACCGGGGGUUAUGAUGUUACAUGACAGUACGAUGGAAUGAUAGACCUACAUGUAGUGUACUAUAUAUUCAUGAUUUUGAAUCGCUAUCAUGUUAUUUACGGAUCCCACCAAGUAUCGAAUGCAGAAGGAGGCACUAAUACAUUAAAUUCUGACUAGAAACUACCUCUUCGUUACUAUUACUACACUGUAGGCCUAGGCCAGUAGCCUACUGCCUAUUGUCCACCGGAUCAUAUGCGCCAAUUUAAAAAAAAACAGUAGAACGGUUGAGGCUUCAUGUACUCACACAUCUGAGCAGUGAGCAGCUGUGACAUCAGUCAUGUCAUCGGAGAAAUUCGAAAGAUACCAGGAGGAGUUGCUCACACUCUAUGAAGAUUUGAAGUACCGGGUGGAGGUCACCAUACCUAAAUAUGAUGGAGAGGAACGUAAGAAGUUGAUCCGUCAUGCCGAGAGAGGGCUAGAGGAAGCAGCCAUCGUGCUGCAAGAGAUGGAAGAGGAGGCCAAACCGGCCCCUGGAAGUUAUCGUAGUCAGAUGGUAGCCAAGGUCAGAAACUACAGGAGAGAACUGGACAAAAUCACCAGGGACCUGAAAAGAGCCAGUGAUGGAAGGGGUAACCGCAGUGAAUUGUUCCACUCGCAAAGCAGCUUUGAAAACAAAGUCAAUGUUGCUCAGAGCAAUCAGCGAGCCAGGCUUCUGCAGGGUCAGGAGACCCUAAACAGAACCAGCGACAGCCUGGCCAGGACCCAUCAGAUAGCCGCAGAGACAGAUGAGAUUGGAGUGGGAAUCAUCGACGAACUGGAUGGCCAAAAGGAGCAGUUGUUAAAUGCUAGGGACAAGCUUGAGGAUAUGGACCACAGUUUAGGAAAAAGUAAAAGGAUCCUUAACUCCAUGGGCAGAAGGAUCAUAACUAACAAGCUGAUCUUGAUGGCCGUUAUCCUGGUAGAAUUGGUCAUUUUGGGCGUGGUGGUGUACCUGAAAUUCUUUUCACCCAAAGAGCCAGCACCGCCAACAGCCAGACCUUUCACUCCCAAAACGUGACCAGUCUCUCCAUCCAAAGACUAGCAGAUGGAAAUGCAGGAUGCAUCAAUCUAGAAUUACAGCACUCCAGUUCAGUGUAGUGCUGUAGUCAAUAGUCAACAGACACUCAUAUGAAAUCUCUCCAGAGACUUUUAUUUGAAAAGUAAGUAACCUUCAGUAUGCUUGUCAAGUUUCUGUGUCAUUGUACCACAUAGUAAAAUUGAUGGAUAUCAACGAAGUAAAGCUGUAUAAAAAAUUUACUGGGGUUAUUGGACUUGACUGAUUUGCACCACUAUUCCUCAAAAUUUAGUUAGGUACUGUGACAUCUCUAAAAUUUAUCUUUUGAAUUCAAACUGAACAAUAUGUACAAUAUUUUGUAAAUAUUUCAAUCAAACUUCAAGCAAACUUUAACCAGAAUUUGUAACCUAGAGUGGGCAAUGGGAACAUUUUGUGCAAAGGACAAUGUACAAAUUCCAUGGAAUCUUCUUCGGACACAUGGAAACCCAGACCCAUUUCAUUCUUCAAAUAAAUUCCCUUCAAGAAUUCGAAACAUUACCUCAUGUAGCAGAGAGACAUUGGUCCAUGCCAACACUCCAUAAGAGCAUUUAGUAAGAGCAAACUCUCAAAUAUGAGUCUGCUUCCAAUUGGUCCUCUCUGAUAUGUCACAUGGGGUUAGUUGAGUGGUAAACCACACAUGAAAACAACGCUGUAUGUUUAUGUGCAGUUAAUUGGUCUAGUCACCUUGCCAUGAGGUGAAAUGUCUACAACCAACAAGCAAUGCAAUUUCUCAGUAUACAAGAUUGGGCACUCAGUCUAACCUUGGAGGAUUUAAAUGAGACCGAAGCCCACUUUUUGUCAGUAAUGUUAUUGUAGUUUGUGCUAGAAAGAGCAAAGUGGCCCUUUGAUGUGCCUCUCAGUUUAGUGUCCUGAUGUACAAGGCAAUAUUCCAUGGGUGAAAUUGUUGAAGAUUCCUAUGAUUUCCAUUGUGCAUGAUUCAUUUACGAGACUUCUCACUCAAAGUGGCUCUAGUGAGUUGUUGCCCAUGUUAACCAGUUAACAUAGGAUUUUCUUACCCCAAAAAGCUUCUGGGGGCAGGUUUUUUUAACCACAAAUUCUUCAACCUUGCAAUUCAUCAUGUGCCCAACAAAAGGUCAUAAGCACGCUCACACCCUUUAGCCGGGAAGCAUGAUUACAGCAGAAACAAUUAUCCUGGCAAAAGGGCGUAAGAACCACACUCUUUAUUUAGUGAAAUUGAUAAAAUUUACUGCAAAAUCAACACAGGAUGUA